AUCAGACAGUGUGCCUGCAGGCAGCUUAGCUCUCAGCUUCUCCUCCUCCUCAUGGCACCAGAGGUCGCUCUGAUAUUCUUAAAGACAGUUCACACAUCUUUGCCUCCGCAGACCUCCCUUAUCGCUUGCAUCUAAGCAGAGUUUCACAGGAGCUAGGAGGUGAUGCACACAUCAUGCCCAUAUGAACUGGCACGCAUAAGGAAGCCUUGGAGCAAUACAGCGGCAAUCUAGGCUACAGCAGGAUACUCAACCAGACAGGAAUAAGUUCCCACUUCAUCUAUGCCAAGCAGGGAGACAUUAAACUCUGAUAAGUGACAAAGGAUCCAGCCAAGGACUGCCUGUUAGGUGGCCAACAGGUAGCACCUCCCAACAGCUCUCUCUGCGCUUGGUGCUUGGCAUAGGAGGGCAUUUUGGGGGUUUCCUUUCUGGGUUUGUCCUAAAGAAGUUUUCACCAUUACUUCCAAAAGUGAAGAAGAUUUCCUAGCCCUGGCAGCGUCCAGGCUGAGCCGCAGGAAGAGGGUGAUUGGGGCGGCCAUAGGGGUGGCAAUGGUACUUAUUCUGCUAAUAGCCAUACCCUUGCUGGUCAGCAGCUCUAAGAGCAGCUCCCACUAUGAAAUGCUGGGGAGCUGCAGGAUGGUCUGUGACCCCUACACCCCGCAGACACAUGGGGCAUCCUCAGCCGAGGCCAGCCAGGAGUAUGCGGUCAUCUCUCCCCCUCCUCACCUGCAAGUGGGCAAAGCGGAUCAGGGCAAGAAGGGAAAAUCUGGAAUCAGGGGAUUACCUGGUCCUCCUGGACCACCGGGUCCUAAAGGACCUCCUGGAGAACCAGGCCGACCAGGACCACCAGGCCCACCAGGUCCCGGACCAGGGGGGUAUGUGUCUUCCUAUUAUAGCCCUAAAAUCGCCUUCUAUGCAGGACUGAGGAAACCACACGAGGGGUACGAAGUUCUGCGAUUUGAUGAUGUGGUGACUAAUGUGGGUAAUUACUAUGAGCCCUCCACCGGCAAAUUCACCUGCCCCCUGCCUGGUAUCUACUUCUUCGCCUACCACGUGCUAAUGAGAGGUGGGGACGGGACCAGCAUGUGGGCUGAUCUGAUGAAGAACUCACAGGUACGAGCGAGUGCCAUAGCCCAGGACGCAGAUCAAAACUAUGACUACGCCAGUAACAGUGUAAUAUUGCAUCUGGAUGUGGGGGACGAGGUAUAUGUGAAGUUGGAUGGAGGCAAAGUGCAUGGUGGAAAUACCAAUAAAUAUAGCACCUUCUCUGGUUUCAUCAUCUAUCCUGACUGAGGAACAAUAUCAGCUAGAAACAGUUUCUUCAUGACCCCUUUUCUUUGCCAGAGACUUGCAGAGCAUUGCUCCAAUAACCCUUAAUCUGCAAGACUGGCCAUGUUGCUCCAUAGAACGUUUCCUCACCGGUGACCUGUAGAACAUAUAUUAACCCCUUCUCUGCUACUGUUGGCUAGUACAAUACUGGUGACUUAUCUAGCAAAUGAGAGGUUAAAUAAAGAUUCUUCCUCCAUAUAAAACAGAACAAACACAGAAGAUUCCAUUAUAGGAGACCAGAGGUCAGGACUUACUUGUUCUGAUCUGCAGAACCUACUCAUAUGUGCUGGUUAUCAGCCAUCUUAUCUUGGAGAUCAUGGAUAACUCGAUGCUCCAUCAUUAUGGAUGUCUUGGAAGGAGAUGUGAACAUGGGGGACUAUACCUGGGGCAAACACAACAUCGGAGUAUGGUGAACCAUCUGUGUGCAUGUAUGUAAUUAAUUGUGUUUCCCACUUGUCAAUAAGUGGAUGCAGAAGACAUAAUCUAAUUGGAUUUGUGUUAUACGGCUAAUCUAAUGGCACCUCAUCCUUUAAAUGGAGCAUGUAAUGCUGAGGAAGACAGGAAGUAUCUUAGAACACGCCAAUCACAGAGCAUUCCUUCCAGUUGGUACUCAGCAGGUUUAACAGUUCUAAGAAAGACUCCACCUUUGCAAAUGUCUAAAAUGCUGAAAGCUGUUUGUUCCACCGUUAUUUAAUGUGAAGGUUGUAGGUUCGUGAAAAGAAAAUGCCAACUGCAUUUAACUUUCAGUUCACGUGCUUCAAUCCAUCCAUAGAGUGUCUGCUGUUUCUUAUACAGGUCAGCCCCCCUUUCCUUUUGCCAGGUUGUAUAAGCCAAAGUGAACAGCCUCUUGUGUGCUGGGAAACCUAUUCCAGUAGGAGAACCCAAGAACUAUUUACACUAAGCAAAGAGUAGCAGAGGCACCAGAUCUAUACAGUCCCAUUGAAAAUGUUCUCUUAUUUCAUUAAUAUUAAAACAGUGUAAGUGCUCUACUUUAGAGGAUGUCGGGACAGCAGAUUAGCAGCAUUAGGCAUCAGCCUUAUUGUCUCAAACCCCAAUGUGCUAUAGAAAUAAUGAUAUGUAAUGUAUAUGUGUGGGUGAGUCAGUGAGUGUAAGUGUCUGAUCACCAUUCCCUCUACAAGAAAGUGAGUGCAGAGGUGUGUAUGGAGCAUUGAUGUAAUGACAGGGCCUGAUAGCAGUACUCUGGCUGUGCAUGCGACUGGGUUUAAGCCUCCACCUCUCUGUCCCAUGUCUCUAUGUUGUGCAGCGUGGCAUAUUGCUGUGUUUUGUACUACUACUAAUAAAAACACAUGAUUCCAAACCAUAAUAA